AAUCGACUCUCUCUCUCUCUCUCUCUCUCUCUCUCCCUCCCUCCCAUCAAAUUCCCACGCAAAACCCUACUUCAACCCUUCUCUCUCUCUCCUCCCCUCCUUCACUCUCUCUCACUCUAUCAAAGCUUAUGCAAAACGCUGAUUGAAGCACCGACAAUGUCUGCAAUAGCUCGGUCUCGACUUCUAUCCCUCAUUACCAAGAACAAUCGACGCCGUUACUCUGACUUCACUUCAAAUCCUCACAAAGAACCAUUUACCACCUCCUCCUCCUUCGCCAACGACUACGACCGCCCUCCGCCGCCGCCGGAUUCUUCAAUUCCGCCGCCGGAUUCGCCGGAGAAGAAGUCGUGGAGUUUCCUCAAGUACACGCUCGUCGCUGCCCUGACAGGCGGUGUUGCCACUGCUGGUUACGCCUCUUACGCAUAUACAUUGGACGAAGUAGAUGAGAAGACAAAGGCUUUGCGUGCACCUGCAAAAAAUACACUAGGGGAUGAUGCAUCUGGAUCUGAUAAAUUUCAAGCUUUGCUUUACUCUGCUGCAAUGACAGUACCAGCUAAGUUGGUUGAACUUUACUUGGAUUUGAGGAGGUUGACCGAAGAACAUGUUCGAGGCUUUACUGAACCAACCUCAGAUAAGCUCCUCCCAGAUUUGCACCCCAUGGAGCAGCAUGUGUUCACGCUUGUUCUAGAUCUAAAUGAGACAUUAAUAUACUCUGAUUGGAAGCGCGACAGAGGCUGGCGAACAUUCAAAAGACCUGGAGUUGAUGCCUUUUUGGAACAUAUGGCUCAAUUUUAUGAAAUUGUGGUGUAUUCUGACCAGCUCCCUAUGUAUGUUGAUCCGGUGGUUGAGAGAUUGGAUCCAAAACACUGCAUACGGUUUAGGCUAAACAGGAGUGCAACUAGAUAUCAAGAUGGGAAGCAUUUCAGAGAUCUCUCAAAGCUGAACCGAGAUCCCGCUAAGAUUCUUUAUGUGAGUGGUCAUGCACUUGAAAGUACCCUCCAGCCAGAAAACAGUGUACCUAUUAAGCCAUGGACGCUUGAAGAGGAUGAUACAGCACUUUUGGAUCUUCUUCCAUUUCUCGAAUACGUUGCUCGACAUAGACCUGCCGACAUUCGACCUGUGCUAGCUUCAUAUCAGGGACGUGAUAUUGCAAAAGAGUUCAUUGAGCGCUCUAAAGAUCAUCAGCGGCGAAUGCAAGAGCAGAAGCAGCAUGGUCGUUUCUGGAGACGCUGAGUCAAAGUUUACGUGGAGAGAUUUGUUCGGAAUUUUUUGAAAUUUCAGCUUCUUUGAAGGAACAGCGGGAUGUUGACUUGUCAUAUACUGUAAAAUCCAUUUUUUCCUGUAGGUUCAUUGUCAUGUUGAGUGAAGAAGCUGUUACUCUCUAAAGGGGGAUUUUUGGUCACUA